CCUAAGAUGGCGGCGCUGCGGGAGGGGGGCAGGUACGGCGUGUCCUGCGGGAGAGUCACGGCGGACAACAUCACGGUGCUGCACGUCAAGCUGACCGAGACCGCCGUGCGGGCGCUGGAGAGCUACCAGGGCAGCAAGGAUCUUAUUUCGUCUCGACCUUCAAUUCAGUUUCAAGGACUCCAAGGGCUUGUUAAAAUUCCCAAAGUUGAUCUCCCAAAUGAAGUACAUAAUUUUAACUUCUACUUGUCAAAUGUUGGCAAAGAUAAUCCUCAGGGAAGCUUUGACUGUGUCCAGCAAACAGUCUCAAGUUCUGGAGCCUCGCAACUCAGUUGCCUGGGAUUUAUACAGGAUAAAAUUACAGUAUGUGCAACAAAUGAUUCCUAUCAGAUGACCAGAGAGCGCAUGACCCAAGCAGAAGAGGAAUCGCGCAAUCGAAGUGCAAAGGUUAUUAAACCUGGUGGACCAUUUGUAGGAAAAAGAGUACAGAUAAGAAAAGCACCGCAAAGCAUUCCAGAUGCUGUGCCUGAGAGGAAGAGGUCAACACCUAUGAACCCAGCCAAUACGAUACGGAAGACUCAUAUAAAUAACACCGUUUCUCAGCGACCAUACAGGGACAGGGUGAUUCACUUGCUUGCACUGAAGACUUACAAGAAACCAGAGUUGCUUGCUCGCUUACAGAGAGAUGGUGUUAACCAAAAAGACAAGAAUUCCCUUGCAGCUAUCCUUCAACAGGUAGCCAACUUGAAUCCCAAGGAUAACUCCUACACUCUGAAGGAUUACGUGUUUAAAGAGAUUCAGAAAGACUGGCCUGGAUACAAUGAAAUAGAUAAACAGUCAUUGGAGUUAAUACUUGCUCGAAAAGUAAAUUCAUCUCAGAAUGCCACCAGCAGCAGUCAUAUGGACUCUUCAGUAACUUCUAAUAAAGAUGCUGCAUCAACUUCUCCUUCCCAGAAACGGCUUUUGGAUUCCGAUUUUAUUGAUCCGUUAAUGAAUAAAAAACCAAGGAUAUCUCACCUUACCAAUCGAGUUCAGCCAACAUUCAACGGUCACUUGCCUGCCUCCAGUGAGAAAGCUGCUGCAGCCCCCCCGCCGCCACCUCCCCCUGCAGCUGCUGCUACUCCUACUCCUGCACCGCUUCCCUCCACUCACCUUCCUGUUUCAAACCCUCCUCAGACUGUAAACUCUAACUCCAACUCCCCCAGCACUCCUGAAGGCCGGGGGACUCAAGAUCUGCCUGUAGACAGCUUUAGUCAGAAUGGCAGCAGCAUCUAUGAGGACCAGCAAGAAAAAUAUACCUCUAGGACUCCUUUGGAAAUCCCAGCAUCCACUGCAGCUCAGUUAGAGUGUCCAAAGUCCGCAGACGAGAAGCAUUCAGUGUUGCACAAAAAAUCCAAGAAGAAAGCAAAAAAGCAUAAGGAGAAGGACCAAAUCAAAAAACACGAUAUUGUGAGUGUGGACGAAAAGGAGAAAGACCUUAGGAAAGAAGAAACUGCCAAGCUGAAAAGCUCCUCCAGUUUGGGGUCAAGUGAAGGAGUUAAAGAAACUUGCACUGCCUCCACGGAUCCUCCUUCAUCAAGUGAACUACCAGACUACUUCAUAAAAUACAUAGCUAUAGUCUCAUAUGAGCAACGCCAGAGUUACAAGGAUGACUUCAAUGCAGAGUAUGAUGAGUACAGAAAUUUACAUGCUCGGAUGGAGAAUGUCACUAGGAGAUUCAUGAAACUUGAUGCACAGCGGAAACUACUUUCUCCAGGAUCCAAGGAAUAUCAGAUACUUCACGAGGAAGUCCUAGAAGAGUAUCGAAAGAUAAAACAGUCUAGCCCCAACUACCACGAAGAGAAGUAUAGAUGUGAAUAUCUUCAUAACAAGCUGGCUCAUAUUAAAAGACUAAUAGGUGAAUUUGACCAACGGCAAGCAGAGUCAUGGCACUAGUCUUCUGCUUGGACCAGGAGAUGUGAAUGAACCUAAGCUUAUUUAUUUAAAAUUCCAAAUGAGUUGCUCUAAGAUUCUAAAAAGAUUAAACUUUUGCAUUACAAAAGUUUCAGUAUUAGCAGACUUGAGUUACUAUUUUUGUUGUUGUUGAUGUUGCUUAUAUGCAUAUUUGAAGCUGCUUUUUUCUGGUCCCUUCUUUUCUUCAAGACUUAUGUUUGUCCAUGGAAAUCAUUUUAUCAGUAGACACUGGGGAUCCAGUACAUCUACUUUGAAGUUGUGCACAUUUUAAGAAAAUAUUGUAGCAAAUUGAAAUGCUUUUGGAUAAAUAUAAGGCUGUUUUCUGACCUUUCUUGUUAAUGCAAACUCUUUGCCUUAAAUGGUAGAAGGUUUAGAAAUUUGCACAAAAAUUAAAAAAAAAAAAACAACAUUGUUUUGGAGGGUUAAAAGAGGCAUGUAUAUAAAUGCUAUAUACAGCCCAUCUUUGUUACAACAGAAACUUACCCUGCAACUUAAACCCCCCAUUGCAAUGAUUGCCUUAAGGUGUUUGCUUGUGUAUAUUUAGUGUAGUUAAAUUAUUAGCUACACAGCUUCCCGCUUUACUGAAGCGCCUGGGAAGCACCACGUGGCCUACCAGUGUCUGAAAGUGUGUGCUUGUACUGUAUGCGUGCAAGAAUGUGUGGGUGUGAGCAUGCAUGAAGGGGGAAGGAAAAAAAGCUGCUACUCUUAAGUAGGCCAAACGCUCAGGUUAAAACAACUGAUGAGUGUUGCUGUUGGUUUUUCCUGUAAAAUUGCUACUUCUAUUGUGGAAGAUGAGAGCAUUUCCAUUUCAAUAGUUUGUCAGCUUUAUUAAUGUUGGAAAUUGAUACUUUACAAAAUUAAACAGAUAUAUAGUUUUUGGGCAAGAUUAUAAAAUUAAACAUGUAGGUUACCUAUUUAUAUACUGCUAUAAAGUAUUUUUUGAAGAGAGAUAUGCAAAGAAGCUAUUGCCUACAUGAAAUGUAUAUUUAAAGAUUUUUGUCCUGGGUGCCAGGAGUAUAACAAAGAACAGAUGUAUUUAACUAUAAAAUACUGUGAUCACCAAACAGCACAAACUUUCAUUUCAUGCAGUUUUUUGGUUUAAUUUGAUUUAAACCAUUGCUUACUUUAUCAUGUGGAAACACAGGUUAUUUGGUCAAAAUUAAGCAAAAUCUUUGUUUGUCUUGUUGUAUUUGUCUUUUCAAAGUGCUGCCAAUUGAAAAGGGAAGCAUUAUGUUUACAAAUCUGAUUUUGGAAUGUUUGCCAAAAUUUUGGUAGUAUCUCUAAUAAACUUUGUCUCCAGCAUCAAAAAACUGUUGUGUAUCACUGUAAACCAGAAAAUGUUGAGAACUGCCAGAAAACAUGCAUUCAGGUGAAUGGGAGCAUUGGAAUUUUCACCUUAAAUUUGUGUUCAGACAUGUUACGCUCAUGAAGAUGAAAUAACAUGCAAAGCAUAUCACAACACACUGUGCAUUAUAACUAUGUGUUAUUACUUAUUUGAGACCAAGCUGAUUUUUUGGAUCCCGUAGAUUAAUUAUUACAGUUGUUUUAAUCUUUACAUUUCAGAUAGUAAAACAAUGAAAAGAUUUCUUGCUUCCCAUUGACACUUGCAUGCAUGUGGAUUCAAGACUGAAUUCAAGCCAGAGUGUGUACACACAGCAAUGCCCAAGUAAAAGCACAGGAGUUACUAACUUUGCAGUUCUAGUACAGCUGCACUGGAUGGUUAGCUUUCAAUCUUAAAGUGGCUGUCAAGGUUAAAAUAAUGUGAAGUUCCUGAUUUUUGGGAUCAAUUUAGGCAGCAAGUGUUCUUUUAGCUAGACUAUAUGCACCAAUCUGAUGUUGGCUGCCAUAAUGGACACACAAUGCUGCUGCAACUGUGUAAAUGUGUUGUUACCAUUCAAAGUGCUGUCACUGUAUAACUGAGACCUGGUGCAGUUAACUAGUUUUUUUUUUUUUAACUUGUGUGGAAAGGUGACCUGUACUGGCAUGCAUCUUCUGGUUUACAGGCUGUGUAUCUGUUGCAGCUGGAGGCUAAUACUACUUCAGAGGUCCAGCACUGCCUAGCGUCAUGAGACCUGACAAGCUACUGUAAAGGCCUUAAUUGAAGAUUUUGCCCAUUUGCAUUGAGCAUUUCUUAAGCCUUGCAAGUAUACGUAGCAGCCUAUCAAUUGCAAAGUAGUGCUGUAAGUCUACAUAUCUACUGUUUCCCUUGAGUUGACAUUCCUGUUCAUCAAAUGUUGUUGAGAGCCCAUAAGCAGGGCCUCAAAACUGUAUUGCCUUUCCUGUAAAACUGGCCUACUCACUCAUAGAAACAAACAUUGCAGAUGGUGGCAUCUUGGCUUGGGUUACACUACUAUAAAUCUGAAACAAAAGAUUGAUGUAGAGAAGGGGCAACGGUGCACGUCUCCUUUAUGGAAACUGUGGAUCUCACUGCAGUUGGGGGUAAAAAAAAACAAAAGGGAGGCAAUAGCCCUUUCCAGUUGGCUUAAAAAGAAAAAUAAUCAUAGGCUAGGAGGAUUGGUUUCCAAUUUUAUUAUAGUUUAGGGGAGGAAAACCUGUGCUCAAAGUAAAAAAAAAAAAUUCUUAAUUGUAGAUAUGCUCUCAAGUGUCACUUAAAGCAGCUCACUGUUGACUGCUUUUAAGUCUUCAGUUGACCUUGUCAGUUAUCAAAAAAGGAAAAAAAAAUCUUUUGGAAGUGUUUUGUAAGAACACAGAGAAGUGUUGGAGGCAAGUUACCUAAACAGGAUUUAAACAAAAGUUGGAUUUAAGUGUUGAUAUUGUAACUUUGCUCAUUCCAUUAGCUUUUUUUUUUUUUUUUAAUAGUAAUAUUACAACCAGUCUUUCUGAAUAUGUAAAUGUUGAUUCAUGCUGAGACCUAUGGCUACUUUGAAGUAUAAUUCUUUUCAUACGUUUUAAUAUAACUUGUUUGUGUACCUGAAGGGGGAGGGGUGUGGCCAGCAAUUCCAUAACCUUCUUUCUUUUAGGGAAGGGUAUGAAAGUGAGUAAAGAAGGACAAUAUUUGGGAAUGUGAAGGCUUAAAACAGGGCUGUGAAUCCCCCUUUCUGACUGGGAGACUAUUUUAAAAAUUUUUAAUUUUUUUUUCCAUACAAACUGUAUUAAAAAAUCUGUAAGUGAAACAUCCUGGGGCGUUUUGUUAAUGAACACUUGAGCCAUUGUUGCCCCUCUGUUCUACAUCAAUUUAAGUUCAAUAAAAUGUUAACUUUGCAA